UGCAUGCUGAUGACAAUUAAAGGCUGUCAACAGUUUGAAUAUAUGGGCGUUCAGCGUAGUUUCUUGAAUUCCCUGUACUACAAUAAGGCAAAUAUAUUUCUUAAUCCGGAAGCCUAUGUCAGGGAUAUUGUGAGACUUCGAAUGUUACCGCAAUUUCAUAAUGUCGAACCGCACUGGUCACUCUCCAAGCUCGAAAUGUACGAGCUGAUUAUGUCAAUGGGACUGGAACAGGAUCGUAUGUGGCUGCUGAAGAGCUGCGCCCGCAGCUGCUUGGACGGCAGCUUGCUGUGCAAUAUGAUGAGCUCGACAAAGCUGUCGUUGUCCGUGAUAACCAAUUGGAUUGUGAGGCGCGCCAGGCAUAUCAAGCAACGUUGCGCGGAUCUAUGCGAGGGCAUCUUUGACUGUGGUGCCUAUGCGCUGGAAGAGCGCGAACGCAAAGAGAUGCAGCAUCUGAACAAUCAGCUCCUCAGGCUGUCCGAAGUGCAGCACUUGCUCGUAAAGCUCACCAAGGCUCGUUUGAAUCUAGAGCUAGUCGAUGAUUUGGAAUUUACACAGAAUACCCUGAAGGUUCUAUAUGAUUAUCAGCGCAUACUCCACUGGCUUAUCGAAAGCGGCAUCUUGCCGGAGAGUAGCCAGGAACAGCAGCAGUCGAUGCCAUCGAUACGACGCGACUAUGACAAGCGACGAGCUCAACUGAAACGUUCCGCAAAACACAAUGCCAAGCUCUACGUAGACGAGCUGAUGCACCAAUAUGGAUUCCAGGCUGAACUGAAGAAGCUUAAUGAGGAUAGACUCUACCCGCCCCAGUCGCUGCAAACCCUGAUGCGUUUAAUGUUGCUGCAGGACUUCAACUUGGAGCAGAAGCACGAGCUUAUGCUAUAUCUAAUUUUAGAUUUGGAUCAGUUCUACAAGAGCGGUGAGCACGAAUUGUACAAGGAUUUCGCCGAGUCAUUUGGCCUAGCCGAGCCAUUUGUGAAGUGUGUGCGCUCCUUUUGGUUUCUGGACAAGGGCGAUCAUGAGACGGCACUCGAUAUUUUGUAUAGGGGACGCACUGGACGUGGCGUCUAUACCGAAUGGCAGACAAAGCAUUUGAUCGAAACGCUGCUCCAUUACAAUGCGAAUGCGGAGGCAUUGCAAGUGGUGAAUAUGCCGCCCGGAUAUGUUUCCUCUGAGCUUAAGCUGCAGGUGCUCUUGGCCAACAAUAAUAUACCGGAAGCAUUCCAUCAUGCGCGGUUCUGCAUGGACAAGGAUGGUCGUCCGUUGCUGGAGCAUUUUUUUCAGCAUUGCAUCGUGGAAGGCAAAUUCAAUGUCCUGGCCACUCUCUGUUUGCGCGACAAUGAGGAGCAGCUCGUCUAUCGCCAGCUGCGACAGUGCAAGACCCGCGCCGCCGACUGCAUUCAAUUGAUUCUGCUGCUCAAGCGCUGCAAGUAUAUCGAAGCGGUUUCCUUUAUGGACGAGGUGGCCGCAGAGCGGGAACUGAGCGACGAGACAAGUGGCAUCCUGACCGCCUACCGGACAACCAUGGCGCCCGUCACCCAAUCCAUAGCGGGCUCAUAUUUCCGCGUACGCAACAGGCUGAAUGGGAAUCACUUUACGAAUUUCUCGCCGGAGCCAUUCAGCUGUCAGCUGGCUAAGCAGCUUGCCAACGGUCACAUGGGCGACAUAUUCCAGAGCUCCGCUAUGAGCGCCCACUGGGCGACGCGCCACCCCAACGAUCCAAGUUUCUUUAGAUUGGACAGCCGCAAUAUACCUUUUCUGCGCAGUGCUUCGAAGGCGCUUAAGGAGUUGCCACAGCUGCACCGGUAUGUGCGUCCGACACCAUACCAAUGCGCCGAGAAGCGUCUCUAUCCGUGCUCCACUCCCGGAACGUUGGGCCCGCAAUCUAAGCGGCGCCGCCUACUGGUCGAAGAUGAAACAGUUCCCAAUUUUCCCCACUCAUCGCAUGAGGAAUACGAUCUGAUGUAUGAAGAUAACGCAAUGAAUAUGGAUCUGCAUAGUUUGCGCGUGGCCAAUGAUUUGCUGCAUCCGCCCAGCUAUCUGUUAACCAAAUCCGAAGCUGACGCGGCAACGAGCAUAACGCAGGGGCAGCGUCCCACCAUACUGAAGAGCCGUUUGCUUCGACGCCAGCCAAUGCAGCGUCCAAACUUUAGCUUCCUGCCGCCCAUACCGCUGGACAAGACAAUGCAGGAUGUGGAAAUGAUGGAGAUGGAUGAGGAGGAACAGACGGUCUCGGACUUGGAUGGAGAUGAAAUAUUUGUGGAAAUUGAGCAACAAUUGGAGAGCUCCACCAGACCAGAAGCCGAGCCGGAGCAGCAACAACAUAACAGCUCGGACACUGAAUCCGAGUACAUGUCGCCGGUGGCCUCGGCGAAUGCUUCAUUUGCUUCAUUCAGUGGAUGCAAUCGGGAACAGCAACUGGAAUCGAAGCAGCAACCGGAACAGCAACAUGAACAGCAACAAGAACCUUCACGAUCAUUCACAAUGGCACCACCAACUGGUCCACAGCCACGCAGCUCAUUGAGCAGCGGCUUUGGCAGCUUCGCCACUGUACAAACGGGCAGUACAGCCGGAUCGCUGCAGCUGAAUGCAUUUCAGCCGCCUGUUUGCUCCUCGAAAAUGUUCGAGAGCACAUCGAGGGUGGUUAGCAGCACGUACCAGGUGAAGAUGUCGGAGCGAACGACCAUUUGCGGGGACAUCGAUGAGCCGAGCAGCUUGGCAACGGGUUGGUCCAUGCCAUCCGCCCUGGGGAAAACAGUCCACAUUGGUUCAUCGGCUGAUAGACCAAUGCUGCAAAUGCUGGACACGACGCUGGGCAUGUCCUCCUAUGAUAUGACAGCAAUGGAUGCCAUGGCCGAGCAGGAGACGGAGAGGGUAGGACAGAGAGAACCGGAGCCGGAGCCAGUGACAGAGCCAGAGCCAGAGGCAAAACCAGAGGCAGAUGCAGAACCAGAGGCGGAACCAGAACCAGAACUAGAACCGGAGCUGGAACCAGAACCAGAACUAGAACAGGAGCCGGAACCAGAGGCUGAAUCUAUUCCAUCACGUAAGCAAGCAAGUCCAUUGGCCUACAUAGAUCUAGAAGACGACGAAAAUGAAGCCGAAGUUGAAGCUGAAGUCGCAGCCGAAGUCGAAGCCGAAGCCGAAGGCGAUGAUGUGGAAGUAGAUGAGGAAGAGCUGGAAGUGGGCCACGAGGAGUUGGCACCAUUGCAACCACAUGAAUCACAGGUGGACGAAGAGGAUGAUGCCCGCGACGAUGUGGAGCAGCAGGAGCAAUGCACAUCGUCCAGCUUUGACCAGACAACUAUUCCACUCUCCUUCAAUCGUGGCUCGCCCAGCUAUAGCGUAAGCAGCGAACUCUCCGAUUUGUCCUCGCCACGCACGGAUGCGCCCGUUUAUUCAAUUGUGGUGGAGUCCACCAAUUCUAUUAGUGACUCACGUUCGCCCGCCUCCCAUACGCCCAACUCGUUUCUGCCCAGCGACACGAAUGUCUCCCAGAACUCCAGUCCGCGUGCUCAUGGUGUGGGCGGCGAGGGCGGCUCGAAUCGUUCGCUCUAUCGUGCAAACAGUUUGGAAACGGUGGAUGAUCUGGACACCACAAAGGGCUCCUUGGAGGAGGACGACGAUGUGGAUGAGGAGGAUGAGUGUGUCAUAGCGCUUGAUGGCACCGAGGUGCGCGGCUAUGUGGCGCGUGCCGAGCCUGUGGCUGCUUGCAACAGCGCCGAGUUGUUUGCCUUCAAGCAACAGGACGAAACGGAGCAGCAGGCCAACCAAGCGCCAUGUCCUUCAUUGGUCGCCACGGCUAACAGUGACUCAGUAAUGGCCUAUACCAUCAACUUGGACAGCGUGGACAGCGUAGAAGUGCAGCCGGCAGUGGCAACGGUUACCAGCAUUGGCGGCUCCAGCAAUGAUUCCGUGGCCACAGUUGCUUUCAGCGAGCACAAGGAUCAGCAGGACAAACAGGAUCAACAGCAAGAACAAGAGCAGGAGCCGGAGUUGCCAAUGAAUGUGGAUGAAGUUGAGGAAAAAGCAGUGGCACCUGCCCAAAGCGCUCUAGAUGUAGCUGAUUCAAUUGCCAUCAAUCUGGACUCCGACAUGGACUCGAAUCCCAGCCUGCUGGUGCUUUCCGAUAAGGAGGAAAUGGAUGUGGAAAUGAAGGACGAGGGCGAGAAGAAUAAUAAGCCGCUGGUCGAGACUGUGACUGUGAUUGACACUGAGACUGAGACUAAGGAACCGGAUCAGCCCUUGGAAAUUCAACAGCCCAUCCAAGUGGAUAGCGCCGAACAGUCCAUUCAUCUAGAUUCCGAUAAGGAGGUAGACGCCGAGGAGGAAAAUAAGUCCCAGGACAUUUCGCGACAGGUACUGCCGCGCACAAGAGGCUCACUCCGCAGCCUGAGUGGCACGCCGCCCUUGCAGCAGUGCAGGAUACGCCUUCGCAAUGAAAACCAUCGCAGAAGUGUAUCAUCCACUCGCAGUACACCAUCGCCCUCUCUACGCUCGCGUUUGCGCAGCGCCAGCAGCUCUGGAACGGUCGCCGAGGACCAGCUACCGGAGAACGAUGCGGAAACUUCACGUGGUACAACGGACAGUCCUGACCCAACCAAAUAUCCAGUAACCAAACGUCGUAGUCUGCGCGGCGGUUCCUUGCCCCCGAUUUCUACUGUGCCGGUGUCCACACCUAAGCGACGCCGGAAGCUGUUACCCCGUCCAAUGGAGGUGAUAGACGAGACUGCCGAAGCCCAGUCGUCAACGACACCGCGCACACGCUCGCGCAGGCAGCUCGGCCAGUCGACGGCCAGCGUUCCGGUCUUAGUAGCAGCUGAGCAGAAUGUGGAUAGCAAAACAUCGCAUAACAAGUUGCGGAGCAAUAGUGAGCCACCUUCGCCAAUAGUUGUUGCGGCUCCAGUCAAAGGCAGACGUCGCGUCAAACCCAGCAUAGAAGAGCCUCUGAAGAAGGAUGUUGCGCCAAGGAAUCUGCGCAGUCGACGCAGUACUACCGAGGCAGACGCGGAACAACCUACGACAUCUUCGUCAGCUCGAUCCACUGUCAGUGAUUCCAGUGUGCCCCUCAAGAAACGUGGACGGUCCAAGAAGUAGCCUAUACCACCCAUACAACAACACCAUAUAUAUUUUGCUAUAGUUGAUAGAAACAUUAUUUUUGCUUUUCUUUAAAUUUGUUUGGCUUGUUCAUUGAAUUCAAAUUGCCAGGAAGCGGCAAAGUUACAUAUACUGAAAUGUUAUCAAAGAAAAAGGAUGAAAAA